CAACAAUCAUUUAACGCAUGCUCACAGUCUCCAGUUCGGUGGUGGUUUCAUUUCCGCUCAGUGUAUUUUUUGCGGGAUCGGGAAAACCUUUUCCUCUCUUGGGUCGGGUAGCCGGCGUCGGGUCGGGAGCCUGCGGGCCGAAAGUAUCACUUUCCCAUCGACCUGACAUCAGAGAUUUAAUUGGAAGAAAAACCCACAACUGGAAGCAAACCACGACUGAAGAUGAGGGAACAGCAACCAGUGAACCAACCUGAGGACUGAGACCAUCAACUGGAGAGAUCCCAUCUGACUUGGAGAAUCCAGUGAUUCAGUCAGGAGAAAGUUUGGUUAAAACAACAAGGAAUCUAUCUAUGGGAAUCUCGAACACAGCACAUCAGUUUUGCUGUCUCUGUCCACGUAUAUUAAAAUUGGAGCAAGGGAUUCACUCAAUCAUCCUUCCUACUCAGACUGUGGGGAAGGAUGCACUCGAUUAUCUGAAUGACUGGCAUGCCUGUCAGUAACACAGGAGAGAGGCCAUUCACCUUUUCGGACUGUGGGAAUUCAUCUCAUGAAGAUACAUCAACUGGCCAGAGGUUGGUCAUGUGCUGAAUUUGGGGGGAAGGAUUUACUUGGUCAACUAACCUAAUGGCUCACCAGAGAGUUCACACUGGAAAGAGGCCAUUCACUUGCUCAGACUGUGGGAAGGGAUUCACUUUAUCAUCUCACCUACUGAGGCACCAGUCAGUUCACACCGGGGAGAGACCAUUCACCUGCUCAGACUGUGGGAAAGGAUUCACUCAGUCAUCUAAACUGAAGGUACAUCAGCGAGUUCACACCGGGGAGAGACCGUUCACCUGCUCAGACUGUGGGAAAGGAUUCACUCGGUCAUCUACACUGAAGGUACAUCAGCGAGUUCACACUGGGGAGAGGCCAUUCACUUGCUCAGACUGCGGGAAGGGAUUCACUCAGUCAUCCGACCUACUGGUACACAAGUCAGUUCACACCGGGGAGAGGCCAUUCACCUGCUCAGACUGUGGGAAGGGAUUCACUUCAUCAUAUAACCUACUGAGACACAAGUCAGUUCACACCGGGGAAAGGCCGUUCACCUGCUCAGACUGUGGGAAGGGAUUCACUUCAUCAUAUAACCUAUUGAGACACGAGUCAGUUCACACCGGAGAGAGGCCAUUCACCUGCUCAGACUGUGGGAAGGGAUUCAUUUGCUCAUCUCACCUACUGACACACCAGUCAGUUCACACCAGGGAGUGGCCAUUCACCUGCUCAGUCUGUGGGAAGGGAUUCGCUUUGUCAUCUCAACUGAAGGUACAUCAGCGAGUUCACACAGGGGAGAGACCGUUCAUUUGCUCCGUCUGUGGGAAGGGAUUCAUUAAGUCAUCUAAUCUGAAGGUACAUCAGCGAGUUCACACGCGGGAGAGGCCGUUCACUUGCUCUGACUGUGGGAAAGGAUUCACUCAAUCAUCUAACCUAAUGUAACUCGCUUUGGCUAGCAGCUUAAUAUAGAGGGUGAUAGCCCCACAGCUUGGCCAAACUUAAGAAAUCUCAUAUGGGUGGAUGCUGCGAGAUGUGUCCACUGUUAUAAAUCAGUACCCCAAAAGAACAAACAGUACACAAUUUGUGAUUAAAUAAUUGAAUUUAUAAUUCUUCCUUUCACUAUAGGGUUAGUGAAAUAAACAUAAAAAAAUGCCAAUUCUCUCAGUCUGUGUCUUCUCAUUUCUUCCCAGCAAAAGAGCACAAAAAUCUCUGUAAAGGGGGUUCCUUCUUUUUUCUUUGUUACUGUGUAUGUAAUCAAAAGGGCUUCUUUGUUUUGUUAACUAGCAGGAAUGCUAAUUUACUGAUAACGAGAAUUGUAUUCCUUUGUAAACCAAAUGGAGAUUAAUUAAUGUUCUUUCUUCUGAGACUGUAAGCUUUUGUUGACGGGCUUUUGGGCAGAUCGACGCGAGGGGGUUGAGAGAGAGGACGCAAUGCUGUAAGCUGGGCGAGGAAUGGAUCCCAAGCGGGGGUCCGAGGCCAGGAGGUACUCCAAGGAAGGGGGAUGAAGUUAGAUGUGCUUGGUUGACCACUUCGGAGGGUCCUGAGCUGCGAGUCGAGGAGUUCGGAGGGGAGCGUAUGGUGGCCAGAAGACUUCAGUAAUUGAGCUCCAACGGUUGUGCACGAAGUUGAGACUUUGAUAAGUUUGGCGCCUUUUCUUUAUUUUUUCUCUUCAUAUAUACUGUAUCGUUAUUAAUCACUUAGUUAUAGUAACCUUUAUAAAUUGUACUCAUUUAAUCGC